CAGACUCUGGAACAGGCUUGAAAAAUAUUGUUGUAUAUAUCUGCGUUAAACCGUAUUAUACAAAACAAUGUGGAGUAAUACUGGACUGUGGCACAGUGUCACAGCUGCGUAGCUGUGGGAGUUAUUGAAAAAGACAGGCUGUGAAAAAAUAUACAUUGCAUGUUUUUUUUUAGGUAUUCUCCUAAGGAGAACCCACAAAGAUACGUAAAAAUGCCUGGAAUGAUGGAUAAAGGGUCGGAGUAUCUAGGAAAGGGACGCUCAAACGGAACAAAAAACCCUUCAAAUGCAUCGAAUGGACAUUUUUCUGAUGAGAGUGGCAGUGACGACGAGCACGAUGUCGGAAUGCGUGUGGGGUCCGAUUAUCAAGCCAAUAUACCCGAAUUUGAUCAUGGUUCUACCAAAUACAGUGAUAAAGAUAGUGGGGGAAUGUUGGUGUGGUCUCCAUAUCACACCAUUGUCGACCCAAAAUUGGAUGAAUAUAUUGCCAUUGCAAAAGAGAAGCAUGGAUAUAAUGUUGAGCAGGCAUUGGGCAUGCUGUUCUGGCACAAGCACAACAUUGAAAAGUCCCUAGCAGACCUUCCCAACUUCACCCCCUUCCCUGACGAGUGGACCGUGGAGGAUAAGGUUCUGUUCGAACAAGCCUUCAGCUUCCAUGGAAAAAGCUUCCACAGGAUUCAACAAAUGUUACCAGACAAAUCCAUAUCCAGCCUUGUGAAGUAUUACUACUCCUGGAAGAAGACCCGGUCCAGAACCAGCCUGAUGGACCGCCAGGCCAGAAAGCUGGCAAACCGAAACGCUCAAGAUGAAAGUGAUGAAGAAAUGGAGGAGGCCAACCCCAUCGAAGCAAACGAUAGUGAUUAUGACCCCACCAAGGAGACGAAAAAAGAGCUAAUAGAAAGUGUACCCGCGCCUAUCCAGAGCCACACGGAGCCCCAGCCCCUGAGCUCCUCCAAGAUUGGGCUCGGCCGACGGGAGCACCUGACGCUCAUGCACCGGCACCACUCGCAGCGUUCCAAGUGCCGGCCGCCCAAAGGCAUGUACCUGACCCAGGAGGAUGUGGUGGCAGUGUCGUGCAGCUCCAGCGCUGCCAACACCGUCCUUCGGCAGCUGGACAUGGAGCUGGUGGGCCUCAAAAGACAGGUUCAAAAUGCAAAGCAACUGAACAGUGGUCUGAAACACAGGAUGGAAGCGGGCAUUGAUGACUUCAGGCUGCCGGAGUGCAGCCAAAAAGUUAAUGCUCGCUGGACAACAGAUGAACAGCUUCUGGCAGUUCAAGGUGUCCGGAAGUACGGGAAAGACUUCCAGGCCAUUGCCGACGUUAUCGGUAAUAAGACGGUAGGGCAGGUAAAGAACUUCUUUGUGAACUACCGCCGCCGGUUUAACCUGGAGGAGGUGCUGCAGGAGUGGGAGGCGGAGCAGGGAACUGGCACCCCCAACGGUGACACUGCCACCUCUGGCGAGGAGGGGAAGAACAGCUCCAACACCCCUUCUGGGAAGAGUAUGGACGAAGAGGAGGAGGAGGGUCAGGUGACCCCCUCGUCAGGCCCUUCUCCCGCUGCCACUUCCUCUUCAACUUUCCAAACCCUGGUGACAUCGUCGGCAACUUCGCUCAACCAGCCGCCCCCGCUCCUACGGCCCUCUCUGCCAGCCACCCCGGCCCUCCACAGGCAGCCGCCCCCUCUCCAGCAGCAGGCCCGCUUCCUACAGCCCCGGCCCGCGCUCAACCAGCCCCCCACUCAUCCGGCCCUCCAACCCCCCGCCCCGCGCCUCAAUCCCCGGCCGCUUGCCCCGACCUCAGCCCCCACCUCCACAGGGUGCCCAGGCUCCAGCCAGCCGCCCCCCACCCUGGUGGGCAUCCCAUCGGAGAUGCCGUCCUCCUCGCUGCACUAAGUGUGUGCUGUGCAAUGGCGAAUGAAGACAACGGAAAAGUCGGUGGUCGCUUUUUUUUUUUAACUUGGUCGUUUGUUUCCUUGUAUUUUUCUUGACAAUGAUCCGUUGUGUUCCUGAAAGUCGUCAAUCGUUGGUUGUUUAUGAGCAGAUUAUGUAUAUUAAUGAGAAACGUAAAGCCGUUGUGAAGUUUUUAAAGUCUAUGUAUAUUAGGUUAGGUCUUAGUUUUAUUUAUUUGAAAUCACAUCGUUUUUUUAAUUCACUCAUCUUUGGAUGGACUUGCUUAGAUGUUAUGUAUUGGUGAUGUUAAAGAUUUACUAGAAGCAUUGGUCCUGUUUGAAAGUGUUAUUGGCUUCUGGUUAAUGUAUAUUUUACAAACUGGCAAAAUUUGCAAGUGGUCUAUAAACAAGGUAUAUUGAAGACACUAUAAUGGACAGUACACCACCACUAGUGAACAGGUGGCGUUGCCAUAUUUCACUUCAAUUGUUUGAUUUGCUGUAACGCAUAUUUGUUCUUUGAGCGAAUAUAGACUUAUCUUUUAUAUAAGCAUUAUUUAUUUUUCUACUCGGUGCUAUGGACUCUAGACUGAUUUUUGCAUAUGUCCAGUAUAAUAAUAACCAUUGUGUAAGUGCUCUUACGCUUCUAGGCCAACUGUAUUUACGUGAUUGAAUUGAUCUAAACUGGAAGAAACUGAUUGAAAAAAAUGAUGAACCGGUUAAUAAAAUGAAUUUGUUUAAUGUAAUAUUAAGCUACGAGGAUGUCAAUGUCAGUGAAUCGAUUGUUGUAGUCUGUGACCCACAUUUUCAGGAAUUUGAUAUGUUUCAAUGAUUUUCAUUUAAGAUAUAUUGAAGAACAAAAUGUUUGACUUCUGUACAGUUGUGUGUAAUUUGUGUGCUUAAUUUUAAACUGUCAAGAUCAUACCUAAAACGACGCUUUUUUGUUUUUGUUUUAACGGUCGCCCAUCAGUAAUUCCCAGUGUAAGAUGAGGCAUAGUAUCUAACAUAUCCAUUCAAAUAAUUGUAACAUUUUGUUUUGUCUGUCCAGUUAUGAUCACUUUUUUUUUUUUACCACGUUUUGGAGUUAAUUAGUGCCGCUUCAUGUUCAGCGGUUGAAAGAUUCUGUAAAAUAUCCGAAAAUGUAUACAGUUGAAGUCGGAAGUUUACAUACACCUUAGCCAAAUACAUUUAAACUCAGUUUUUCACAAUUCCUGACAUUUAAUCCAAGUAAAAUUUCCCUGUUUUAGGUCAGUUAGGAU